AUGCAGCCUUCCAUCUUCCUCGUUGCUUUCGCAUCUAUUGCAGCAGCCACUACUGCGUCUUCUGAUUCCUCAUCUGCAACCAGCGCUAUCGCCCCACUCGCCAGCGGCACCUUCACUAACGGAACUGCAACCAACGGCACUCUUAGCGGCUCCACGACUCGUUCUCCUUCGGCUUCUGGUACUGGAGACGCGGCUGCUUCAGCAACUAGCAAGGCUGCUGGUUCCGCCAACUUUGUCUCAGGAGGUGCAUUCGCUGCAGCCGCUGCAGGAAUGGUCUACCUCUUGUAA